GUACGUACAUUGCAUUGAACUGCCCGAUCUCGACUCCACCGCCCGCCAAAUUGAAUCCACUGAGGUUCCAACUGAAAGCCCCGCCAGUCCCGGCAUCCUCUGAUUCGUUCCGUUCCUUUGCUCUGAGCCAGGAAAUUUAAUUGCCCGCAUUCGCACAACCACCCGAACCCCUCCCCCUCCUUGUCUUCCUCUUCAUCGCCGUGUUUGCGUGAGUCACUCGGUGGUCAAGAUACUAUUCCGUCAGUUAGUGGCGCGAGUGGCGCCUCGGAGAAUUCCUCCUCCCUUCUUGUCUUCACGACCUUUUUCCAGAAUGGCCCAACCUUCUGCCCCCCAGAACCCGACUGGUGAGCCUAAAGCUCCCGUCGCCGACGUCCCUCCCCAGGCCGACGAACAAAUGAGAAACCAAGAUGCCGCUGCUGCCUCCAAGCCUGUUGUCGAAGGACAGGACCCAUCUGCACCCCCCAAGGUGAAGAGCGAGAAGGAAUUGGAGCGCGAGCGCCGUAAGGCCGAGAAAGCCAAGAAGUUCGCAGAGAAACAGGCUAAGGCCGCGGCUAAGCCUGCUGCGCCCAAGGCUGAGAAGAAAGCCAAGAUCGAGAAGGAGAAGACCACAGACGCCUACGAUCCCAAGGUGAUCGAGGAAGGCCGCUAUGAAUGGUGGGAAGAGCGUGGCCUCUUCUUGCCUGAAUUUGGCCCUGAUGGCAAGGUCAAGCCGGAAGGCUACUUCGUCAUUCCAAUCCCUCCCCCUAAUGUGACAGGUGCUCUUCACAUGGGUCACGCUCUCACCAAUGCGCUCCAGGAUACCAUGAUCCGCUGGCAGCGUAUGAAGGGCAAGACCACCCUGUGGCUGCCAGGUAUGGACCAUGCUGGUAUAUCUACCCAGAGCGUGGUUGAGAAGAUGCUUUGGAAGCUGGAGAAGAAGACCCGUCAUGAUCUCGGCCGUGAGGCAAUGGUCGAGCGCGUCUGGGCCUGGAAGGAUCAGUACCACGCCAACAUCAAGAACGCGCUGCGGAGAGUCGGCGGCUCCUUCGACUGGACUCGUGAGGCCUUCACAAUGGACCCCAACCUAUCUGCAGCUGUCACGGAAACUUUUGUCCGCCUUCACGAAGAGGGUAUCAUUUACCGUGCCAACCGGCUGGUCAACUGGUGUGUGGCCAUGAACACCUCCCUCUCUAACCUUGAGGUUGAGAACAAGGAGGUCGAGGGUCGUACCCUUCUCGAUGUUCCCGGCUACGAAAAGAAGGUUGAGUUUGGUGUUUUGACUCACUUCUGCUACGAAAUCGAUGGAACCGACGAACGGAUUCAGAUCGCCACUACUCGUCCCGAGACCAUGAUCGGUGAUAGCGGUAUCGCUGUGCACCCUGAUGAUAAGCGCUACCAGCACUUGAUCGGCAAGUUCGCCCGCCACCCCUUCGUGGAUCGCUUGAUGCCUAUUGUCGCCGACACGGACGUCGACCCUGAAUUCGGUACCGGAGCUGUCAAGAUCACCCCCGCUCAUGAUUUCAACGAUUUCAACCGCGGAAAGGCCCAUAAUCUCGAGUUCAUCUCCGUCCUGAACGAUGACGGUACCUUCAACAGCAAGGGUGGUCCUUUUGCCGGAAUGAAGCGCUUUGACGCCCGCUACAAGGUCAUUGAGAUGCUCAAAGAGAAGGGACUUUAUGUCAAGUGGGAGCACAACCCCAUGAAGAUUCCUCGCUGCGCUAAGUCCAACGAUGUCAUUGAGCCUAUCCUCAAGCCUCAGUGGUGGAUGAAGAUGAAGGAUCUCGCCGAACCUGCCAUCAAGGCCGUUGAAAGCGGUGAGAUCAUCAUCAGACCGGAAUCCGCUGAGAAGAGCUAUUUCCGCUGGUUGAACAACAUCAACGAUUGGUGUCUGUCCAGACAGCUUUGGUGGGGUCACCAGGCUCCCGCCUACUUCGUGAAGAUUGAAGGCGAGGAAGGUGAUGACAGUGACGAGAAUCUCUGGGUUACUGGUCGCACGGAAGAGGCGGCUCGGGAGAAGGCGGCGGCUAAAUUCCCCGGUAAGAGCUUCACUUUGGUGAGAGAUCCCGAUGUUCUUGACACUUGGUUCUCCUCCGGAUUAUGGCCGUUCUCUACCCUGGGCUGGCCCCGUCAGACACAUGAUCUGGAGCAUUUGUACCCGACCUCCGUUUUGGAGACCGGCUGGGAUAUUCUCUUCUUCUGGGUGGCUCGAAUGAUCAUGCUGGGUCUUAAGAUGACCGGCAAGGUCCCUUUCAAGGAGGUGUACUGCCACUCCCUGAUCAGAGAUUCUGAGGGUCGCAAGAUGUCUAAGUCUCUGGGCAAUGUCAUUGAUCCUCUCGACGUCAUGGAAGGUAUCAAGCUGGAUGAUCUUCAUGCCAAAUUGCUCACCGGCAACCUUGCCGACAAAGAGGUGGCCACUGCUACCAAGUACCAGAAGAAGGCCUUCCCCAAGGGUAUUCCUGAGUGCGGUGCUGAUGCCCUGCGUUUCGCCCUUGUGUCCUACACUACUGGCGGUGGUGAUAUUGCCUUCGACAUCCAGGUCAUCCAUGGUUAUCGUCGAUUCUGUAACAAGAUCUACCAAGCCACGAAGUUUGCUCUUGAGCAGCGUGAAUUCUCUGCUUCGGCAUCCAUUGCUUACCAAUACUGGUACGGCCAACUUUGUGACGUUUUCAUUGAAAACUCCAAGUUCCUGCUUGCGCCCGAAGUCCCGGCUGAAGUGCAGCAGUCGGCCAAGGAGACGCUCUACACCGCUCUUGAGGGGGCUCUGACUUUGAUCCACCCAAUGAUGCCCUUCGUCACUGAGCACCUGUGGCAGCGCCUGCCUCGUCGUCCCGAAGAUAGCACAAUUUCGAUCAUGAAGGCCACGUACCCCGAAUAUAGACCUGAAUUCGAGGAUCCCGAGGCUGAGACUGCCUAUGAACUGAUUUUGAAUGCCUCGAAGUCUAUUCGGUCGAUCCUCGCCCAGUAUGAGAUCAAGACCAAGGGCGACAUCAUCAUCCAGACCUACGAUGCCACCAGCUACAAGACCGUCUCGGAUGAGCUUACUAGUAUCAAGUCCCUGGGUGGCAAGACCCUGGGCGAGCUUAGUGUGCUCGGCCCGGAGAAUACCAACCCCCCUUCAGGCUGUGUGGUCGCUCCUGUGAGCUCUGAAGCAGCUGUCUAUCUCCGUGUUUCCAAGGAAGUUGCCUUGGAGCAGGAAGAGAAGGCCAAGGCUAGUCUGGAGAAGGCACGCGAGACAGUCCGUCGCCAGCAGAAGCUCAUCAGCGGUGCUGGAUGGCAGGAGAAGGCUAAGCCUGAAGUGCGCGAGGCUGAAGAAAAGAAACUGCGUGAUGCUGAGAGUGAAAUGACUCGUCUAGAGGAACAGAUCCGUGAAAAACCGAAGAAUGCGCGCACAGCGCGCAUCCUGAAGGCCAAAGAACCUCAGCUCAUCGAACCCCCCAAGCGCACGCUGUUGCUGCACGGCUCAAAAUGUCCGCAAGCUUUACACACUGUUCUGAAGACCUUUCAUUCCUUGACAAGACCGGAUUCAGUCCUAUUUCACAAGAAGAACGAGAACAUUCACCCGUUUGAGAGCGUCGAAAGUCUCGAAUUUCUGGCCAACAAAAACGAAUGUGGUCUUGUGGUGUUCGGUAGCAGCAACAAGAAACGACCCAACUGUAUCACUAUGGCACGUGUAUUCGAUUCCAAGAUCCUUGACAUGUGCGAAUUGAUGCUACUGCCGCACCCCGACGCUGAGCAACAUACUGAUCUGGCUAUGCAUAUCGGCAUCGGAUUGCGGCCCAUGAUCCUCUUCUCAGGCAGUGCUUGGGAAGACUCAACCUCAAUGGCACAUGUCAUGCUGAAGAGUAUGUUCCUGGACCUGUUCAAGGGUGAGACGAGUGAUAAGAUUGACGUGGAGGGGCUCCAAUAUAUUUUGAUGAUCGGUGCUGAGGAGCCCACUGAAGGGUUGGCUCCUGUUGUUCACUUGCGGUGGUAUAAGCUCCGGACGAAGCGUAGUGGCCACAAGCUCCCGCGGGUGGAGCUGGAGGAGAUUGGGCCCAAGUUCGACUUCAAGGUUGGACGUCUGCAGGAGGCCCCUCGGGACGCGAUGAAGGAGGCUAUGAAGCAAGGCAAGAGGCCCAACGAGGAGAUCAAGAUGAAGAAGAACAUCAGCAUGGAUUCAAUUGGUGACAAGAUCGGUCGUGUUCACCUGGGCAAGCAGGAUCUCAGCGGCUUGCAGACUCGGAAAAUGAAGGGAUUGAAGCGCCGUGCAGGUGUGGAGUCGGAUGACGAUGAGGAUCAGGACAUGAUGGACGUGGAUGAGAUCUCGGAGGAUGAAGGACGCAAGAGAGCUAAGACGGCAUGAAGCUCGUGUUGAAAUGCAUUGUCAUGCAAUUUGAUUCUUUCCGACUUAUUAUAUCUAUCUAAACUGCGCACGAGGCGUUUCUGGGGGUUCGGUUUUCAGCACCUAGCUCAUAUUUGACCCUGUUCGAUACGUGUUUGUUACAUAGACGUUUGCAAACAAAAAAGUUCUAUCAGUCUCAAC